AUGGUGCAGGCUCUCGGUCCUUUGUCUGCUCGUCCGCCUACUCCACCCAGGACAUCACGUACUGAACUAAAUCAUACGCAAGAUACCCCGAUUACCGUGAAGACCUCGCUUGAUUCCCCGUUACCAGCAAAGGAAAAUGGCAGCCUCGCCAGUCGCAAAUCCAAGCGGGUGAACUUCUCGCCAUGGCCGAAAUCUCACCCGAACAAGUCAGAUUUGAAGGCUUUACCUCCUUCAAAUGAAUGCAAACCUUCAAAAUCGAUUCUCAAGGCGACCAGCUCACCCGCACCUGUCAACUCGCCUCAUGUUACAUCUUACACGCCGGAGUCUUUUGCCAUGCUGCUAGAGUCGAUCACGCAGCAAUUGGCCGGUGAAUCGGUCAGUUCAAGACUUGACGCCUACAUGCAGUUCUUCGGGGCGUUGAGAGCAUACGAUGGACUUCCUGGAGGACAGGAAAUUGCAGACAAGCUUGGUCUUAUAACACAGUUCAUCCAACGGGAUGUGACUCGGGACCUUGGGACUGGGGGACCCUCAGAUACCAAUCUCGUUACUCAGGCUCUGAAGCUGGCCACCGCUCUAGUAUGGCACACCGAAAUAUGUGCCCAGCUGCCGGAUGACUUUAAAAUCUUUCUCGUCGAUCAUUCCAUCAAUGGCUUACAGGAUGCCAAACUGCCCAAAUCCGUGGCCACCCAUUAUUUGUCGAUUCUGUCAACACAGACUUUCCAUGCGAAGAUAAUGAACAACGCUAGACUCAACCGUUUGAUGAGCGUAUUGCACGAUAUCACCAACAGGGUUAAUGGGAAUGCAAUCACCCUACAGCGGUUAGCUAUAUACCAACGUAUUCUCAACCAGAACAAGUCAUUGUUCAUCUCUCAAACAGCGCUAUGGAUGAACCACCUCAUAUCGGGCUUGCUUCAUCACAUCAAGGACGUCAGAAUAAAGGCCAUCUCCCUCAGCUAUCAAACUUCCCUGGCAUUCGGCCCAAAUCCCAUUCUAUCGAAGAAUAUUAGAGAUAAUCUUGACCGCCCCAUUGGUCAGGAUAGGAAACUAGUGCAGGAGGUCAGCGAAAGAAUGUCGCGGAUGAUGUCAAGUGCGGAUACCGGCGUACACGUACCUCAGAUUUGGAUUGCUGUUAUCUUACUUCUUAGGAAUAGGAGAUUGACCGUCGAUCAUUGGGAGCAUUUAAAAGAAUUUACUACUCCACUGCAGAAAUGUUUCAACUGCAGUGAUGGGCAAACCAGAGCGCAAUCCAUCAUUGCAUGGAACCGCUUUGUUUGUGUCAUCGGGCCGAAUGACGCAACAAAUCCUGCGGUUUUGAAAAUACUGAUCAGGGCAAUCCUCUCUCAGCUCGAGCGAAGAGGCCAGAGUAAGCUGGCCUCACAGCCUAACCAAAUGGUGCUGUGCAGCUAUUACAAUCUCCUGUAUUAUGCCUUCCGCCCGUCUGCGUCUUACCAUCAUCUGGACAUCGUGUGGGAGGAAUACCUUGCCGUGCCCUCCUCGACCACAUUUAGUAUGGUUCCUGGCUUAAGCGACAAAUUAGCCCAGGUCUUAUCCAAUAUGUUGUGGAGCUCCCAGGCGAAGGUUUGGUUGGAGAACAAAGCCAAUGAAAGCAAUCGCCUUCUCCCGGAGGAGCUGCCUUCACUUGAUUGCAGAUGGGUACGGUCCAGGAUCACCGCUGUAUUGAAGGUAUUCGAAAACAUCUUCAGAUCUUCCACCUGGUCCGAUGAUAUCGAACAGUCAAGCAUCGCCGCUGCCUGGGUCAGUCUUUCUCGAGCCCUGUCGUAUGCUUCCAGCAAAGAGAUUACCCCGUCCCCGGAAUCAAUGCAAGCAGUCGCCCAUAUGCUUGGUCUGCUCCAGCGCCUUUGGAAAGCUGGCCCUUCUUCACUCAACGCCAUCGAAGACCAUGCCUUGGAUAAGUUUUUCGACCGAUUUAGGUUCCUGUCGACGACCAUGAUUGUCUCACUUGGAAGCAUUCCAUUCACCGAGAAACUCCUCCUGAAGACAGCCGAUGAGAAGUUCCAAGCUGCCAAUACACCGACACAUCGGCCUUUAAGAGUUAACACGAGCCUCGACAGCCCUAUCCUACAUUUGCUUCGACUGGUCAGCGAUGUGUCCGGAGUCCGGGAGCCAACUACUUCGUAUCUGCGCCUGAUCAACGAUACUCUUAGCGCUGCAUGCAAGGACAGAACGGCCAGGAGCUCACGCUUAGAGCUUCUCAGGCAGUGCGCAGAUUUGUAUCCAUGUGAAACAGAAUUUUCUUUCCGAACCCAUAACUUCGCCCAGGUAGGUUGGAAGUCAACAGCACGUCUGGCAGCGGAUUCCGUAUGUUCUUACCCGAUUGAGUCCGCCCGCGAGCGUGACGGAUCUGUUUUGCGCGACUACGAUAAUGUUAUCAAGAUCCUCUCUACGGGAUUGAAGUUUUCCGACAUCAUCCAGGAGUGGGAUCAGCUUGUGGACUCCCUUAUUCGCGUCGUGCGAACCGAGAAGGGUGACGAUGCAAUCGCAACAAUGGUUGUAGAACCACUCUCUGAGUGCAUGUUGGCGCUCAACGUCCGGGAUACCUGCUUGCCGGCCGCAUCCUUAUUAAACCAUUCUCUUUCCAUCACAUACUGCCUACACAACGUUCGGAACACGGGAGGACCAGUGAGUGGACCAAAUCAGCGUGCCAGCGGCAGUUCGAUAUUCCCCGCCAAACUAGUUGAACUAGUGAAUCGGAUCCUUCGAGAGUCUUAUGGAGGCUUCGACCCUACAGUCACCAAUGGCAUCGCGGACUUUUUGGAAUCGUUCACGUCCCUUUUAAGCUCUGGUGUUCCAGAAUUUCGCUCUGCGAUCCUUGAAACUACUCAACAACCCCUUGCUCUUUGGUUAAAGGAUGACGUGCGCAAGAUCAACGUCGAAAGUGGCGUGGAAAGCAGGAUCAUCACUGCGGUAAGUUUAUUAAGCAAGGGAUGUGAAAAAGUACUAACAAGGCCAAGGGCCGCGCUCUCUCGUCCGCAGUCAUAA